ACGAAGACUUUCAUGCCCUACUAGGACAAGGUCUGUGUAGAUAGAUGAUAGUGCAUAGCCCAUUAGCCAAAACUCAAACUGCCACUCUUCUUCCCACAUACAUAUAUAGUACACUACUAUUCUUAUUCCACGUUCAAAGAAAAAAAUAAAUAAAUAAAAAUAAAAAGAGAGAGAGAUUUUGUAGGAGCACUUUUUAUCGUUUUAUUUUUCAAUAACGUCUUUAAGAAUAAGCCAUUUGGUUUAAAUUAUUGUUCAUGAUUAUUAGAAUCUAAAAAAAAAUUAAAUUGAAAAAUAUGUGAGAGAUAUUAUUUUCAGCUGACGCUAAUAAGGCCCAUUUUGAUUAAGACUCAUCAUCAAUAUGGGCCCUUAACCGAGGCCCAGAAGUCAACGUUGUCAUAUCUGUCGGUCUCCAAUGGCGCCUUACCGGAUCCUCUGUUUCCUAUUCGUCCACCUUCUCAACUUGACAUUGAUUGGUUCAUAGACAGUGGAAGCAUGAAUUCAUGCGAGAAGUUGCAGCGAGCGUCGUACGAGUGUCACCGGCGGUUCCCACCCGGUCUGGCGAGGGACUCGGCUUGCCGGCACCUGAACAGGGCGCUGGCGCAGUGUCUGGUGUCGGAGAUGUGUCCGGAAGAAUGUGAGGCGGUGCGAUCGCUGUGCGCCAGCGGCGGGACCCAUCUGAAACGGUCGCAGUGUCAACAGGCCCAGCUAUCUCUUUCAAUAUGCCUUUCUUAUCAUCAAGAAGAUAACCAUUAAAACUACUACUUUGAAAAAGGAUUUAGGAUUCUGUGUUGGGUCAUACAGUUAUCCGUUACGAUUUCCUGCUGGUGAUAUACAGGACCUAGCUUGUAUGUGUACAUAUAUAUACAUGUACAUUACAAUGAGGACCUGUGGUGUUCAGCGGUGGACUGGAAACAGCAGACGCCGGAUUCUUGAUUGAAUUGCUGUUUCUUUAAGCAUGCUACUAAACUUUUCUGUCUUGAAUCUGUAUGUGUGUAUAUAUAGACACACAUUACAGAAUGGGUCAUUUAUGUUUUAGUUAUUGCCAAUUGGAUUCACGCAGAAACAUGAUUAUUGAUUGAUAUGGGUUUUGACUAUUGUUUGUUUAGUUCUGGAGUUUGCUGCAAAGGCAGAUCUAACUUUGUGAUAAUCAGAUGCUAAUACUAUU